AAUGUUUAUCUCGUUUUAUAUAGCUCUUAAGAGCAAGGAGGAUCAGGAAAGUUACUUCAGUUAACUCGUUUCGUUUAAUCUGAAAUACGUGCGUGAACUAAGUCUACUAAUCGAGUUUUGAGUUCAUUAAGAUGAUCCCUAAGUGCCCGGGAAAUCACAAUAUUAUAAGAAUUGUUAGUUUUAUUUGAUUAAACUAAAAGUAAUACGAACUAAGAAAAGUAAAAAUUACAAGUUAAUUACUUGUGUUUAGGAAGAAAGUAACAGAAUUUUAAUCAAGAAAAAUGACUACGAAUAAAGAAAUUUCGACGUCGUAUGAGGACAGUCUCGCAGUCUCCGACGAUGAGAAGGAAACGAUCAAGAGUGAGAAGAAAGAAGAAAAAUCAACGAAUAGAUCGAAAUGUAGAUUGGACGCGAAUGGCCGAUUAAAUCUGAAAGAUAUUUUAAUAUCUUUCAAUGGACCGGUUAGUCAGGAACAAGCUUGGGCACUAUGCUAUCAAACGGCCAAGAGUUUCUCACGUUUACCAGACAACAAUUUUUAUGAACUCUUAGAAUUAUCACAGAUCGUCCUUCACAAGGAUGGCGAUGUUUGGCUCGGCAAUCUAAUCGAAUCGAGGCAACCCCGGGUUACCGAGCAAAAGGCAAUGUUCUCAUUAGGAAUGAUGAUCUACAAAGCGCUUGAUUUCGGCCUAGACGAUCAAGAAGAGAGGCCUUUGUCGCCGGACCUAGAAGCCCUCAUAACUUUAAUGACUAGAGCGGAUCAAGAAUGUGGGGAAACGGAAGAACGUCCGCAGGAAACGGACGAUGAAGGCAUCGAGCGGGACUCCAGUGAUGCCGAUGUAGAUGAAUAUUUAUCACAAAAGAGUAACGAUACAUAUGAAGAAAGGCCUUUAAUGUAUUCAUUAAAAAAUGUAAUGCACUUAUGCACCAGGCAUAUGCAAACUUCAAUUGAAUCUGCUGAAGCUCAUUACAAGGCUGUAAUAAGGGCAUUUGUAACCGAAGCUUUGGAAUUGUCACAAUUUCUGGAUACAGUGGCAGCUGAAAAACUACAAGCAAGUCAAAGGGAGAUUGCUGGUAGUGACAACAAUAAGCAAAACUCGAUGUCUGUUCAAAAUCUUGACACGUUAGAUUUCAUUGAUUGGACUGACAUUAGGAUUUGGAGGGCUAUACAAGCAAGAUUUUGGGUACAAGUUAUUCAAGAGUUAAGGAAAGGAGUAAAAUUGAAAAAAGUUGAAGCCAAUUUGGGUUCGUCGAAAAAUACUAGCCGUGGUUGUGGAAAAGGAGCAGAAUUUGAAUUAACACCGUAUGAAAUCUUGAUGGAUGACAUUCGAGAAAGAAGAUAUCGUUUGAGAAAAACACCAUCGCCAACUCCGCAUUUGCGAAAGGAUGCGCAUGCCGUUAUUCUCGAAUUUAUUCGCAGUAGACCUCCAUUGAAAAAGGCUUCGGAGAGACAAUUACCACCCCUUCAAAAAGAAUGGACUCUACGGGAAUUACUCAUGGAAAGCAUUAAAAAGCCACCGAAUUUAAGGUCUUCCCGCAAUAGAUACGUUCCUAAGAAUAAAAGAACAUCCCCCCAAAGUGAUUACAUCCAAAGCACUGGUGCCAAAGAAAAUGAAUCGCCUACAGGACCAAAACCUCCACGGAGGGAGGUGGAUCACUCAAAUUCUUCGACAAGCAGAAGAAAAGUAAUACCUGUGGAUUUCGAUUUAAAGCUCGAUGCCGAAGACGAGGAUGACGACGAAGAUUACAAUGAUGAGCUAGCAGUAACGAGAUUUGAAGAGGAGGACGAAACAUCGCAUUAUUGGCAAUUGAAAGAGGACUAUUCGUUUGUAGAUAGGGGUAGCGCUCGACAUAGGCAUAAAGAUCACAGGGACGACGACGAAGCAGGGUCUGCAAAUCCCUGGCGAAAAACGGGUGGGCUGCGACUUACGAGAAACGAGUAUCACCGAUUUUGCGAUGCGCAACUCGAAUCGUAUGAUCUUGCAACGCAGUGUCCAUCUAGAAGAGCGUCAGCUCGAAAACACGCGGCUAGACGUAGUAUAGCUCUGACAGCGCUAACGGGAACUGCUUCUCUUCCUCAUUCGAGACCGCAGAGUCGUCAGCAUAUAGGUGUAACAGAGUCGACAGUGAGCCAGGGUCCUAGUCCUAAUAUCAGUUUAAAUCCUAGUCCCAGUUUGAGUCCCCAGCCAAGAGCGAGACAACCUCGACGGUCACAGACCAUUGCAGAAGGUACAAAAGAUUCCGAAGAUCAAAACGAAGACUGGCAAGAUGAGAAAGGACAGAAACCUACGUUAGGUGACAUGUUCCUGGAUGAAAGACUUUCCCUAACUCUUGAGGAAAUUGUUCAUAUACGUAGUGUUCUUACCAAAGCCGAAUUGGAAUCUCUACCCGUUGAAGGGCGCGUGAAGGAAGAUGUAGAGAAGAGACGGGUCUGUUUUCUUUGUUUAAAGACUAGAUUCGGAUUGUUAGGACCUUGGGGACAACGUUGUCGUUUGUGCGAAAGAACUGUCUGUGUAAAAUGUUAUUCGAAAAUGCGAAUUCCUACGGAGCAUUUCGCCCACGUUCCAGUAGUUUUACUAUCACCUGGUCUUCUUCUUUCUCCAUCAUCCUCGGAACCGGAUACUAGUAAAAGUUCAUGGCUCAGAGGUAACGGGGCAGCUGGAUCUGCACCGGCAUCACCAGCCUCUAGACGCAAAGAUUCGUCUUUGAAAAGCGCGACGCCAUCAUCAACGCCAACUACAACACCCGUUUUGAUACUAACACCGACUUCAACACCGCCUUCGCACGCGCGUCGUGAAAUGGAAAAUCAAGAGAAAAGGAGCUACAAAGGCAGUGGUAGUCCAGCGAAUGUAUCAUCACCAAAAGCAUUCUCCGGUUUUACUCACCAAACCACAGAACAACGACUGGCUGCUGAACGAUUACGUGGCGUAUCUAUGGUUGUCUGUCACGAUUGUCGCAUAAUGGUUAUACAAAUAAUUAAGAGUUCAAGAACCACACGGGCUACGAUACGCAACAAUGUUAUAUCACGACUUACUUUGAACCUCUCGCCAGCCUACGUUUAAAUUCUUCAAAAACGAAGUUCCGCGCACGAGAUUUCUAUUUGAAAAAAAAAAAAAAAAAAAAAAAUGGUGCAUCUUGUUUUUAAUUCUAAUAAUGGGUAAAAUGCUGUUAUGCCGAUAAGUGAGGCACGUAGAUUAGAUCUAUUCUCCUUGUACCAGUGUCUUCUUGUUCCCUGUAUGCUAUUAAUCUUCUAUAAAUAGUUAGUAUCUCUGAAACAACGAGCGAAUCAAGUCGUACGAAUUACGAUUAUGUAUCCAAAUGUAUCGGUUCUAAAAUUUAAUAGCGACAGAGAAUUAUACAUUAUUAUUUCAAACACAUAGCAGAUGAUUUUGAAGGGAAAUCUAUUAUUUUUUAGAAGAAAGAAAAAACUUUUCACUUGAAAUUUAAAGAUGAUAAAUGUUGGAAGUAUAAUAGUGUGCAAGAAAAAUUAAAUGAAAAUGGAAUUUAAAAGGAGAAUUUAGUAUGAAAUUGGCACACAGUGGCAUCUAAUAUAGUCUACGUACCUACUUACAUUCAGGCUUAUACUUAAGUAGAUCGUUAAUGCAUGCAAAUUAAAAAAAUGAUAUGGUUAGAGUUAAGUGUUUCAUUAUGAUGGCUAAUGUUCCGUUUGGUCCUCAAUGAUGGUGAACUGUUUUUGCUUCCCAAUUCAAUAAUUACUAAUAAUAUUAUCGUAAUAAUAAAAAGUGAAUUAAACAAAGCGAUUAUAUUAUCAAUGCGCUGUGUGCAUUCUCAGUUCGUAAAAACUGAGAAUUCUUGUUUAAUCUGAUUAAUUUUUCUCAAAUACCAAUGUGUACAUAUAUGUUCCCUUUGCUCCCGCAUUGUUGUGAACCCCAAAUCUAAGUAAUAUUGCAUUUAACGUGAACUUUAGUUGAGGAAAAUUAUCAUAAGCGAAUCAAUAAGCAAAAGUAAAAGUAAACAUGUUAAGACAUUAAUCUAUAUAUUAUAUGUAUGUGCCAGAACAUUUGUUUCUUCGUAACAAUGACGAAAUCAAGUUACGGUAAAUUACCCUAUUAAUGCGAAUAUUUCAAAUGCACGAUGGCAAAUUAGCGUUCUAUCAUUAUUUCAUUUUCAUCUAUUCAUAUUAAUGAUUCUUCUCAGCUCUUGACAUAUUUACUUUUAUUUGCAACUUUUACUAAUAAUCUAAUCGAGAUGAGAGGUACGCAUACAUAAGCACACAUAUAUUUAACCAGUAAAAGAAUCAAUCAAACAUUCUGAUAACCCCGAAAAAAAAUUAUCGCUUUUUGCGUCCGCCUGACAUUAAUUUAUUUUAAGAGAUGUAUUUAUUUCAUACAGAGGGUCAAAGUCGGAUGCACAAUUAUUGUAUUAUAAGCGUGUUCUAAUCAAAUUCGUUAAUUUAAACUUUUGUAUAAUAUUUGUGAUAUUAUUUAUUAUUUUGUAUGUCUAGUAUUUAUUGUAAUUAUUUAUUUAAUUCAAUGGAAUCACGAGAAAAAUAAUAUUUCUUUAUAUUGUACAUAUACAUAUAUACAUAUAUGUUGUGGGAUUCAUGCGAACGUGUAGUAAAAUUUAAUUUUGUGAUAAUAUUAUUGUUUGAUGUAUAUCUUAUUUAUAAUUUAGUGUUGUUAUCGAAUUCUAACAGGAUUCUUUGUUUUCUAUCGUAUCUAAUGUAAUUUCAAAUAAAUUAAUUGUAUGGUAAAACAAAUUGAGAUAUGACGGAAAUUGUAUUUAAAAAGUGGCUCUUGUUACAGUCACGUUUAUAGAGAAAUUAGUACAAUGAAGUGGCUGUUCGUUUGCACGGAUUAGUGCUAUUGAAAAGAAAAUGUAUGUACAAACGUUAACCAGUGAAGGUUCAAAGUACAAAAGAAAAAUGCGAAUUGCACUAACGAUUAAUGCUGGUACACGCUGGCACCAAAUUGUAUACAUGACAGUAAAACUAUAAAAUUUGUUGGAAUGUACAUUGAUAAACUCUAUGAACGAGUGGAUUAUUUCAGUUAAGGAUAAAAUUUAUUUUUUUAGUCUCAGGUAGAUUUUCAAUGGUUUUCAGCCAAAAAUCAAAAUAACACUUUAUAGUACCUCAAAACAAUGUACAAUGACAGAUUUCUGAAGAAAACUAUGUAAUACAAAGCACUACAAUACUUUAUGCAGAAAACAGGGAAACGUGAAAUUCUAUUUGUAGAAUAUUAUUGUAAUAAAACUAAACUAAAACUCCUAAUAACAGAGUCACAAUGGUAUGAUAUUACAAGGGUAAGAGGAUUUAUGUGAUGACAAUGAAGAACUUAUUUAUUAUAUUAAUUUAUCAUUUUUUAUGUGCAAUAUAUAUGUACGCCAAUUAAUAAUUAUUAAAACCUUUGUUUUUAUGAUGAA